CUAGAGUCUAGAAUACGAAGGGAAUAUCAUUUUGCUCCUAAAGGAACGAGGGGGAGUAGCAGGCACAGACUACGAUUGACGACACAUCUGAAUCGUCCUCAGCGGUGAACUCGAUCAUGGAAGCUACCUCCCAAACCCUAACGAAACUUUCCGACAUCAGUAGGCACCGAUUAAACGUCGACGAAUUUAACGACGCAAAAGACGUCGACGGCGAAGAGGAAGAGUAUGACACGGAGGCUUGGGAAAUGCUUACCAAGUGUUUCCGAGAGGUUCAAUCUGUUCUUGAUCGGAACCGAACUCUUAUUCAACAGGUGAACAAAAAUCAUCAAUCAAUGCUUCCAGAUAAUCUGGUGAAGAACGUAGCUCUUAUUCGAGAUAUUAAUCAUAAUAUCUCCAAAAUUUCUCGCCUUUACUCUGAUCUCUCUGUAAAUAUCUGCAAUAUCGUACGUCAGCGACGGGCAUUGGAUUUGUUGGAAUCUAAGAAUCGCAACGGCAAAGCGGAGAGGCGCUGAAUCCUGUCUCAAUUCACUUGAUGACUCCGAACUCGGUAAUCUCGAUUACUCUUUGUUUUCCCUACUAGUAAGAUUUAGUGUAUUUAUCAGGUGCUAUGAUCAUUCUUAAUAAAUAAGAGUUGUAUGUGUUGACUCAU